UUUAUUAUUUUGAAGCAAAUGAGUCAGGCACUCUGCUCCAGAAUCAUCCGCUUUUUCUCAGUUCCAAAUUCUCCCAAAACCCUACGCAAUCCGUUCCGCCCUUUCUGCAAGAGCGAUUCUCAUCGGAUUCUCACCGUCCGCCCCCUGCUGCGGCGCCCCUCCGUCGUUGCGACCCCUCGCCACACGCUAAGCGGCGGAACCACCGUCACAGUUGCAUUUUCGAGGAUGUCGAGCUCCGCCGCCGCCGAUUCUGUCGCGUUUCAGCUGUCUCCGUCGAGUGUUCUGAAGAUUCAGAUGGGCGACAUUACUCGGUGGUCUGUCGACGGCUCCUCCGAUGCUAUUGUCAAUCCAGCAAAUGAACGGAUGCUUGGAGGUGGUGGUGCUGAUGGAGCCAUACAUCGAGCUGCUGGUCCGGAACUACGGGAAGCAUGCUAUGAGGUUCCAGAAGUGAGGCCUGGAGUUCGUUGCCCCACAGGAGAAGCAAGGAUUACCCCGGGCUUUCGGUUGCCAGCUUCUCAUGUUAUUCAUACAGUUGGACCAAUUUAUGAUUCAGAUAAGAACCCUGAAGCUGCUUUGAGAAAUGCAUACAGAAACAGUCUACGUGUGGCGAAAGAGCACAACAUUCAAUACAUUGCAUUUACAGCUAUAUCGUGCGGGGUCUAUGGCUAUCCUUUUGAUGAGGCUGCCAAAGUGGCCAUAUCGACAGUGAAUGCAUCUGCUGGUGACUUCAAGGAGGUGCAUUUCGUUCUCUUCUCAGACGAGAUAUACAAUGUUUGGGUGAAAACUGCCAAUCAAUUGCUUAAAAAUUGAUGAAUCCGGCACCGCGGCUAUGCUGAAUGGAUAUUAGACAGGCAUGAGAUGCUUGUUUAUGAAGUUACUAAACUUGUGAUGAACAAAUACUCUCAGAUCUAUAAGAUACAUCCUCUAAUACAUUGUAAUUUAGUGAUUUUGUAUUUGGUGCUGCUAUUUACUACUAUAAGCUAAUAAAUCUUUUAUUUUUAA